AUGGGAUUUGUUUCUUGUAGGAGUGGAGGCUCCGAGGAUAUGGAAUUAGCUACUCACAGUGAGUGUUGUGAUAAGCGCGUUGAUGAUAAGGAUCUUGUGAAUAUGUAUGGAGGUGUGGCAUAUGACCAUGAUAGCAUGCCAAAACUUCUUGCUGUGCACUUUUCAGCACAUGAAAGAACGAAUUCAGUGGUCAACCAUGCAGAAAAGCCACAAUGUUCCACGGUGGAGUCGAUGACCAAGAACUGGCGCUCGAUUUUAAUUGGAAUCAGAAGCAGCUCAGAACGACUUGGGGAAUUAACCAGCCAGAGAUCAUAUAUUGAUCUGAAAGAACAUUUGGAGUCGGUUACAAACGUGAAAGGAGUUUCGGUGAGUCUGUUUAUUGCCGUAAUGUACCAGCCUUGCUACAAUCUUAAGUGAUACUCUGGACUUAGGAUCUUAAAAAAUUGAUUCCUCUGUAGACGCAUUUAUAUUAUUAUUUUACAGUUGACGGAGUUUGGUUUGGAGCAUUUCAUUCAAGGUAAUUCACGAGCUUACAAUUCGAUAUCCUCAACUUCGGCCGAAAGGGGAUUUUAUGACAAGAGAUCACCAUAUAAUGGGACGUUGGUAAACGACCACGGUAACUCCGAUACGAAAUACAGGUUAAGCUGUGACAAGAUUGCCACGGGCGAUAAUCAAGCAGGCAAGUCACUAAUACGUCACUUGUUGCUUAACAAGAACGAAGACAAUUUCAAGUGCUCAGCAGCUGUUGCAGAAUUGAUCCCACCAUCUGAAACAUGGUCCUCUUCGGUUAAUUUAAGCGCAAAUUCUUUUACAGCUUCUGACCUCGGGAAGCAGAAUAAUGACAAGUUAGAGACCCUUGAAUGGCGUAAUGUUGGUGUGUUGGCCGAUACUCAGAAAUACUCUUAUGAGUUUUAUACUGACAAGAAUUCAAAGCUUUUUACAGACAAGGAUUCGAAAGCAUCACCUGGCAAUGACUGUCGUCAACGAAAAGUAGAUGAAAGCGUCAAAACUGAAAAUACACCUGAUAGAUGUACCUCUUCCACGAAAACUCAUGAUUUUCCCGUCGGCAAAGAUAAUGGAAUUGCUGAUCGUUCAGAGGCAGACAAAAAGAAUCCAAAAUCCUCCUUUGUUAAUGUCAAGUUAUUAGAAAUAAAUCCGCUUGGAUGUGAUGCAGAGAAACGUCAAACUGACUGCCUAAUACCACGCAAACGGCCACGGAAGUCAUUUCCAAGGAAGCUCAAUCCAGGCAGAGGAAAUUUAGAUUUUGACCUCCUUAGCAAUUGCAGUGAAGAAACGCUAAGUGCUGAUGAAAUAACUCCAGAGCUGUCCCCUCAGCGGUGCACAUCAGUGGCCUCUCCCGUUCACAAGGAUGGGUGUACUUCAAUACUUUCUUCUAGACGUGACCUAUGCAAACCAGUAGUUUCUUUUGGGAAAGGACAGCAGAAUGCAACAGCGGUUGCUGCCGUAAAGGAUGAACAAAGUUCAAUUGUGGCUUCCUUUGAAGAGGAAGUGAAGGGUUGUGAAGGUAGUUGCGCUGAAAGGGAAGAACAGAGGUCACCAGUAGUUUCUACUGAAAAGGAAAAGAAGAGUGUAGUAGCAGUUCAAUGCAAUACAGAACUUCCUCCUGAAAAGGAAGUCCAGAGUAUAUCUAAAGUUUCUCUCGAGAAGAGAGACCUAUCUGAAGCGUGUGUUCUUCCUGAAAGCAUGGGGUCUCAUCGAGUGUCACAUAGAGGGACAAAAAUACUCUUCAAGAGGACCGGAGGUAAUGAUAAAAGGCAGAGAACGUGUGUGGUAUAAUUGUUAGUGUGUAUAGAUAGUGUUGCAUGGGAUCAAGGGCUCUCAGUAUGGUGAUUUAAUAUUUCGAGCGUAGCGUUUGAACUUAUGUGGAAGUAUCCUUUCAAACACUAGCCCUGUUUCAAGACUAUUUCUGUGAGUCCGGCGAGUCAUUUGCAGUAGUGUCUGUCGAAAACAACAGAAAUAUUUAAAAGCGGGGAAACUGAAAUUAAGACUAUGAAAAUUAAUCGUGCAUGGAGUGUAUUUGAAUGGAGUGGUGUUACACUUAUGCCUGACCCAGUGAAGUUGCCGAUCAAAUGUGUGCGGAGAACAUAAAGGAGAAAUGAGAACUAUAUUGAAAAGGGAAACACAUACAAAAAGCUUCAAGCGCGGGGAAACGCUAGUGACUUAGUGUCGAUGUUGCAGCUAUUUCCAGUUUGCAACUGAGACGGUGUCGCAAGUGUUUCUUUUUUUGUAGCUUCUGUUUGAUCAGUCACAGAACGUGAUGAAGUAAAACCAAUGAUUAUUAGAUUCCGGGUGACAUUCAUCCAUUCGUCACUCACACGUUGUGCCUAAAUAUCGAACAAUUUGUUUUUACUUUUGAUCUCAGGUGUAUGGUCAGUUUCCUCACCGACGAACUUAGGGGUCGGAGCAGACAGAGCGAGUAAAGAAACGUGUAGCUCUGGCAAACCAAUGCAAAGUACUGGGAAUGCACCCAAUGCUGCUCAAGAUUUCAACGACCUCUAUCGUGAAAAACCAACUGAAAAGAUUUGCGUUUUCACCGGUCGGCCAAUUGCUUCUCUUUUAAACGCUGAGGAGCCCUGUUUCUCUUCCGCGUUAGAUCGGGAAGCACGCAUCAAGGAACUACUCAUUAGACAAGAGAAGCUUUUGGCACAAAUGCGGCAGCAGACAGUGACGUCUCAAAACUAACCAGAAUGAUGCACAACCAGUUACACCGUAUUAUAAUUGUCGCAAGCGGUUUGGUUGUGUUUUGUUUUUAUCUCAUGUAAAGACUUUUACUGCGUAGAAAGUUUUGGUCUUUCUGCAGCAAACCAAUGGAUGUUGGUCUUUACAAAGCAAGGUCUUUUUUACGCUUACGAAAUGCUUUCUUGGUGAUAAGUUCUUGUUUUCGUAAUAUAGUGAUAAAUUGCUGUGGAUACUAUUUUUCCAAUUGUAAUGGUUACUUUGCAAUUUUACAGUCAAAAUUCCUAAAAGCUACAUUUCGCGCUGCAUCAGUCGGUAUAGCGACAAAAACUAGUUAGAUCAUUUAUGUUUGAACAUUCAGGUAGUAUACACCUU